AUGUGCCGUGCCCGUGUUAGGCGCCCAUCGCGCAUCUGGCAUACAAUACUACCUCAGUAUACACCAAAUACAACAGUCCCUGAUCCUCUAUCAACUGCGCUACUCACUCCCUAUCUCCCCAUCGUUGUGCGGCCACUCAGCUGGUCCGCACUCUUCACCGGCAUCCUGGAGGAACGACCGUCUCCGCCUUCAUCCCCGUCCCUGAUCAUCCGCUUGGCCGGAGAUCUCUUUGGCCGCAGUUUGUCAGAUCCCACUCACCCAUGGAUUCAACGAGGCUACAACCCCGAACUGGCGCACAGGCCUAGAAGUCCCUCGGAAGAUCCUUACAGCGAGGUUUCCUACCAGCACGCUUUCCAUUCUUUGGUAAUCCAUGGAUUGGAUCGAGUUCCCAAUCCUCUUCAUUAUGUCCAUUCCCCGACUGCCAAGGAGGUCUUGACAUUCAGGUUGUUGGAACUGUUUUCUCCCCGAGUGUGGCCUCCUGGGGAAGACCCGACCCGACCGGCUGAAGAACAGCAGCAAGAGCAGCAACAAGAGCAGUCAUUCCACGACCAGCAGCAACAACAGCAAUAUCACCUUCCACAGAACCAAUGGCAGCCGCAGCCACAGCCACAACAAGCACCACCAACGCCACUCCCAGCGGCUUUUGCUCCACCCGUCACCCCUACCAUGGAAGAGGCAACGCCCCGUCCACAUGAGAUGCUCCCAUCCCCAAAGUACAAGGACGAGACUCCCCGAUCAAGCGACAAAAAGCCCAAACGGGAGCACAAAUCGAGCGCCUCUUCGUCCUCGUCGGGUCCUAGACCGUGGAACAAAAGGAAGGACAUCCAGCCCACCACCCCAAAACCACUCUUACCAGCAGCAACCCGAUCCUCUGCACCGCCGCAGCAACAACAGCCACCCGCUUCAGUUUUAGAAACAGCCCCAGAACCACAUCCGUCACUCGUCGCAAAUUCGCAAAUGACUGGAACAGAUGUUCAGAUGACUGGCAUGGAUCCCCAUCCUGCCACCUCAGACCAUCAUGAGCUACCGCUGCCUUCUGAGCAGUAUCCUCCCGUUCCACCCGAAGGGGACCAAUCUCCAGCCGAUUCAGGUGGCAUCUCAUUCUUGGAGCCCAGGCUUGAGCCUCCACCUGGUCCGCCUAGAAUGCUGCGAUGA